CGUUUAUCGACGAAAAAGUCUCGCUCGAGUUUCCUUCAAUCUCUCUCUCUUCCCUCCAUCCUCCAUUUUUCUCUCUCUGUCUCUGUCUCCAUCUGUUUCUCUAGCGGAGGAAGAAGGUAGAAGGAGAGGCGAGGUUGUUGGGCUCGAAGGGGAGUCAGAUCGGUCGGCAAUGGCGAUGAGAUCGGGAUCCGGUCAUGGGGCCAACAUGAUCGUCACCAACACGCCCUCCCCGGACCUGGCUCUGACGAAUCUCGCCUACUGCUCGGCCCAUGAUGUCCGGAAGUUCGCCGUACACGCUGCCGGCUCGGCCCUUGCUCUCGUCGGGGAUAUCGUCGUUCUUACGCUUCAAGCUCAUGAUACCAUACGUGAAGGUUAUAUUGCUCUAAAUGCCAUCCAACGAAGACAUACAAAAGUUUCCACUGGAGAUUCCGUAUCUGUUGUUAGGUUUGUGCCUCCUGAUAAUUUCAAGUUGGCAUUGCUUACCCUUGAUUUGGAGUUUAUCAAAGCCAAGGGUAGACAUGAGGAGAUAGAUGCUGUGGUAUUAUCUCAACAGAUCAGGAAAAGGUUUAUUGAUCAGGUCAUGACAAUGGGGCAGAGGGUCUCCUUUGAAUUCUGUGGUACAAACUAUAUAUUUACAGUCAAUCAGGCUGCAGUAGAAGGCAGGGAAGAUCCUAAUGGCGUAGAAAGAGGAAUUAUUUCUUCAGAAACAUAUAUUAUUUUUGAAACUUCUCCAAACUCAGGAAUCAAGAUUGUCAAUCAGCGUGAAGCUGCUAGCAGUAAUAUAUUUAAACAGAAAGAGUUUGAUCUUCUGAAGCUUGGCAUAGGAGGAUUGAGUGCUGAAUUUACUGACAUAUUUCGAAGAGCAUUUGCUUCUCGUGUUUUCCCACCACAUGUAACAAACAAGUUAGGCAUCAAGCAUGUCAAAGGUAUGUUGCUCCAUGGUCCUCCUGGGACAGGAAAGACGCUUAUGGCCCGCCAGAUUGGAAAAAUGUUGAAUGGAAGAGAACCAAAGAUUGUCAAUGGCCCUGAAGUGUUGAGCAAGUUUGUUGGAGAAACUGAAAAGAAUGUUAGGGACCUGUUUGCAGAUGCAGAAAAUGAUCAAAGAACGAGAGGUGAUCAAAGUGACUUGCAUGUUAUUAUCUUUGAUGAAAUUGAUGCUAUCUGCAAGUCAAGAGGAUCCACUAGAGAUGGAACUGGUGUACAUGAUAGCAUUGUCAAUCAGCUACUCACCAAGAUAGAUGGUGUUGAGUCCCUGAAUAAUGUGUUGCUGAUUGGAAUGACAAACAGAAAAGAUUUACUUGAUGAGGCACUUCUAAGACCUGGACGUCUUGAAGUACAAGUCGAGAUCAGCCUUCCUGAUGAAAAUGGUCGUUUGCAAAUUCUUCAAAUACAUACUAGUAAAAUGAAAGAAAAUUCUUUUCUUGCUGCAGAUGUAAACCUGCAAGAACUUGCUGCACGAACAAAGAACUACAGUGGUGCUGAGCUUGAAGGUGUCGUUAAAAGUGCAGUUUCAUUUGCCUUGAAUCGCCAAAUAAGCUUAGAUGACCUUACUAAGCCAUUGGAUGAGGAGAAUAUAAAGGUGACCAUGGAUGAUUUUCUCUAUGCACUUCAAGAAGUCAGACCUGCAUUUGGAGCCUCCACAGAUGACCUUGAACGAUGCAGGAUUAAUGGCAUAGUAGAUUGUGGAGAAAGACAUAAGCACAUAUAUGAGAGGGCUAUGUUACUGGUAGAACAAGUGAAAAUAAGCAGGGGAAGUCCACUGGUUACUUGCCUUCUAGAAGGUCCAAGUGGCAGUGGUAAGACUGCACUGGCAGCAACUGUUGGCUUUGACAGUGACUACCCAUUUGUCAAGAUAAUUUCUGCUGAGACAAUGAUUGGCCUUAGCGAGGCUACUAAGUGUGCACAAAUUGCAAAGGUUUUUGAGGAUGCAUACAAGUCUCCAUUGAGUGUCAUUAUUCUUGAUGACAUUGAAAGGCUACUGGAAUUUGUAGCAAUUGGCCCUCGAUUUUCAAAUGUGAUUGCACAGACAUUAUUGGUUCUACUCAAAAGGGUGCCUCCGAAGGACAAGAACCUGUUGGUGAUUGGAACCUCAAGUGAGAUGCACUUCUUGGAAUCACUUGGUAUUUGUGAUGCUUUUUCUGUGACAUACCAUGUGCCACUGCUACGUACCGUGGAUGCUAAAAAGGUUCUAGAAGAGUUGAAUGUAUUCGCUGAGUGUGACAUUGAUGCGGCAGCCAGUGCAUUGGAUAAUAUGCCAAUAAAGAGAUUGUACAUGCUGGUGGAGAUGGCCGCCCAAGGGCAACAUGGUGGAGAUUCUGAAGCUGUUUACUCAGGCAAGGCAAAGAUUAACAUCAACCAUUUCUUUGAUUGCCUUGGGGAUGUCGUAUCAACAAGGGACAUAUAAGGGCGCUCUUUUCUUUCUUCAGACCCAGAAAGUGAUUGCUUUUGAAGGUUAGUUUUGUUGGUUGCAUUCCUGACCCAGCCUCAGUUUUGUUGGCUUCUUAAAAAUUUUCCUGAUCAAGAAUGUUGAGUUGUGAUUGCGCCAUGCUUAUGGGUGGAGAGCAUUAUUUUUUCUGUUUUUCUCGUGCCCCAGGGACUGGCGGGUGAGCGUCUCUUUUUCUUCGCUUUUCUGUAGCAUGUGCGAUGUGCAUAUAUUGGAAUCUAUUGUAUGACUGUGUUUGCUGUUUGCAACAUUUUAUCCAAGUUAAACUGCAUCACUUUUGUCAAGUGAAA